ACAUGGGAUCACACAGAUAAAUACAUGUGCUCAAAAUAGUAAGGCUGUGGUGAGAAAUGUGACAAACUGAGAGUAGGGCAAUGAGGCAUGGGCUGUGAUGUUUGGGCUGGUUCACAGUGGUCACACUGGCCCUAUUAGACACACUGAUGUUGUACUGUCGAUGGAGUGGGGGGUGGAAACAAGCGAGAGAGCACGAGCGAGAGAGAGAGAGAGAGAGAGAGAGGGAGAGAGAGAGUCAGAGAGCAAAAGCGAGAGAGGGAGAGCAGUCGUCUCUGUGUAAACAGGCUGUCAGAAAAGAAAGUGCAGAGACAUUUCUGCACACUGCAGCUGAGAGGAGAGCAUUGCAUAGAAACAGCAGACGGAUAAUCACGAGAGGAGAGAUGUUUAAUUAAUUCAUGCUGGAAGGGGGAGAUGUUGCCACUGAGUAAAAAGGCUCAAGUGCUGUGUGUACACUGCUGCCUGUAGCUUUGUGCUCGUGCCUGCGUGCCAGUAAGCGGGUCUGUGCUCUGACCAUUUGAGAAGCUCAUGAUAUCAUCACCUGGAUUACCAGAGGUUGCUGUGAUUCAUGGACAGUCAGUUCUCUCCUGUGUGAACUUCCCUGCAGUGCAAAUCACAACCCCUUCCUGUCACACCUUGUCCGUUUCACCUUGACUCUGCACUUGUGCCCUCUCAGCUCUCCAUUCCUGCGCUUCCCCACUCCAGCACCACCUUUUUGCCAUCUGGUCACUGAGGGAGUUGGGAUGAUGCCAGUCAUGCACACCUCCAUUUCCUAUUUCAACCAGGGCUAAUCAGAGGCGUCUCCAAACACCCCUCCUCGCCACACACACUGCGGCCAGCGAGAUGGGCGACAGUAGCUGGGUGUGUCUGAGCCCAGCCGAGUUCUCUCAACUUCAGCAAUACAGCGAGUAUUCCUCUAAGAAGCUGAAAGAUGUUUUGGAGGAGUUUCAUGGAAAUGGUGUACUCUCCAAAUACAACCCAGAGCAGAAGCAAGAUGUUCUCAACCAACCUAUCGACUAUGAGGGCUUCCAGCUCUUCAUGACCACCUACUUAGAGAAUGACAUCCCAGAGGAACUGUGCCAACAUCUCUUCACUUCGUUCAAGAGUAAGACCGGAACAAGCAGUUCCCCUGAUGUUCCACGCACAGGAUCAGCACUGCUCGAACCCAAGUCGAUUGAUGCAGGUAUCUCUAUUCAGACAGAAGUGGCCUGCGCUCCUAUAACAGGGAUGAAUGGGAAAAGUAUUCUCAGUGCUAUGGGCAGACACACUCCAGAACACCCAGCUGGUGUGAUGCCAGGAUCAGGUGCCACCACCUCGCCAUGCUCCUCCCGCUCCUCCUCACAACGCUCAGGCACAGGGGGUCACACUCCUCAUCGCUCGCCCAAACCCUCAGCAGGCAGCAGCUGCAAUGCCCUGGCACCCUCCAAGAGUGCCAACUCCCCUCGACUCUCCCCAGAGCGAAGUCGAUCAGACAAGGGGGUAUUUCUGAGGAAAAGUCCAUCCCCUCAGAAGAGUUCCACUCCAUCCUCGCCACAGAUCGUCUUCCUGAAAGACAUUGUGUGCUACCUCUCUCUGCUGGAGCGAGGGACUCCAGAGGACAAACUAGAGUUCAUGUUCCGGUUGUAUGACACAGAUGGCAAUGGCCUGCUGGACAGCUCAGAACUGGACCGUAUCAUCAAUCAGAUGGUCCAUGUAGCAGAAUACCUGGAAUGGGACUCAACAGAGCUGAAGCCAAUCUUGAAGGAGAUGAUGGAGGAGAUUGAUUACGACCAUGAUGGAACAGUCACACUAGAAGAGUGGAUCAGAGGAGGAAUGACCACUAUCCCCUUGCUGGUACUGCUAGGCAUGGAGACGAAUGUACAAGAAGAUGGGCAGCAUGUAUGGAGACUGAAGCACUUCAACAAGCCAGCGUACUGUAACUACUGUCACACCAUGCUGUUAGGAGUGCGCAAACAAGGCCUUUGCUGCUCACUAUGCAAGUACACAGUCCAUGAGCGCUGUGUGUCCAAAGACAUUGCUGCUUGCAUCAGCACCUAUGCCAAGUCCCGCAGACACACCAAUGCUAUGCAGCAUGUAUGGAUGGAGGGCAAUUCUCCAACCAAGUGUGAUCGAUGUCACCGCAGUAUCAAGUACUACCAGGGCCUUACUGGCCUUCAUUGUGUUUGGUGUCAAAUUACUCUCCAUAAUAAGUGUGCAUCUCAUGUGAAGCCAGACUGUGAUGGUGGAGCACUGAAAGACCACACCCUCUUGCCAUCUUACAUCUGCCCUGUUGUCCUGGAUCGUCAGUCUGUAGUAAAAAGAGGAGAGGGCGAAUCAUCCCCCAACACCAGUCCUGAUGACUCCAACCAGUGCUUUAAGUUCACUGGAGAUGGUCAAGCACUACAGAUCACCCCUCUUCCUGGAACACAUCCUCUACUGGUGCUGGUUAAUCCGAAGAGUGGUGGUCGACAAGGAGAAAGGGUAUUGCGGAAGUUCCAGUACCUGCUUAACCCCAGACAGGUUUACAGUCUAGAUCGUGGAGGACCCAUGGUAGGGUUAAACUUUUUCCGUGAUGUGCCUGACUUCCGAGUAUUGGCCUGUGGAGGAGAUGGAACAGUGGGCUGGAUCUUGGAUUGCAUUGAUAAGGCUAAUUUUGCCCGCCACCCUCCUGUCGCCAUCCUACCGCUGGGCACUGGCAAUGACCUGGCACGCUGCCUCCGCUGGGGUGGAGGCUAUGAGGGAGGCAAUCUUCUCAAGUUCCUCAGGGACAUUGAGCACAGUAGUGAGGUGGUGCUGGACCGUUGGAACAUUGACAUUUCCCCCGAUGACAAGGAGGAAAAGGGAGACCCUGUGCCAUACAGCAUAGUCAAUAACUACUUCUCCAUUGGAGUGGAUGCGUCAAUAGCUCACCGAUUCCACUUGAUGAGGGAAAAACAUCCUGAAAAGUUCAACAGCAGGAUGAAAAAUAAGCUCUGGUACUUUGAAUUCGGCACCACAGAGACCAUUUCAGCCACGUGCAAGAAGCUCAACGAGAGUGUGGAAGUGGAGUGUGAUGGCAUCAUCCUGGACCUCAGCAGCACGUCUCUGGAGGGGAUUGCUGUGCUCAAUAUUCCCAGCAUGCAUGGCGGCUCCAACUUGUGGGGAGAGACCAAGAAGAGACGCAACUACAACCGCAUGAGUAAGAAACUACCUGAAAGGAUGUGUGUCAGUACCGUCACCGACGCCAAGGAACUUAAAUUCUGUGUGCAAGAUCUGAGUGACCAGCUGCUUGAAGUGGUGGGCUUAGAAGGGGCCAUAGAGAUGGGCCAGAUCUACACAGGCCUCAAGAGUGCUGGUCGACGUCUCGCCCAGUGUGCCAGUGUCACCAUCAGGACAUCCAGACCGCUGCCUAUGCAGAUUGAUGGGGAGCCAUGGAUGCAGCCUCCAUGCACGAUACGAAUUACACACAAGAAUCAGGUGCCCAUGCUGAUGGGUCCUCCACAGAAAACCCCCUUCUUCUUCUUCAAGAAGCGCAACAGAAGUCGAGACUAGGCUCACCUCUAACACACAGACAUAUCUUCACUAAUCUCAGCCACUGUAUCUGCUCUGCUGGGGAGGUGAAGAGGGACAUCUGAGUGGAAAAAUAGUUCUUUGGUGAUGGACAAAUAGUUCUUUGGUGAUGGACAAAAAUUAAACUCAUACCUUUAUCUUGCAUGGACAAAGGACUCUGAUGCCUGUAGUAGCCUAACCAUUAGAGAGACUUCAGUGAAUGAAGAAGCCAACCCAGCAUCUUGACCAAUUCCUGUGUGUUUGAAUCUCUGAUAUUCCUACAAUGGGCUGCAUAGGCUGUAAAUUUUUAAUUAUUCCUGCCAGAGCCAGGACCACCAGACCAUUGACUUUGUAUCAUACUGCGCUCUCUCACUUCCUGUGAGUGGGUUCAUCAGACAAUACUGACUUGCAGAGAGAAAAGGGAAGGGAUAUAUGAAGAAUAAACUAAAGUGCUCAGGAACAUCUUCAAAAAGAGUGCUACAGGUAGUGCUAAGGCCAGGGAUGACAACUUGAAAUAUUCACCCUGUUAUGAAAGUUAGAGUGGGUGGGGCAGAGCAAACUGUCGUCCUGAAGGAGUCUGCUGAAUUAUAUAUCAGUUCAUGGAGAGUGUUCACACAAACACCUCUUUAAAGCCACACAACAUGCCACUACUUACAGAGACAAAACAGUGAGCUCAUAUUUUAUGCAGUGUGUAGUUUAUGGGCUGUGGGCUGAUGAGAAGAGGAAGGCCCUAUCAUUUGCUUCUGACCUAUCUGGUGUCCACCUUCAGACCACUGAUAUCCAAAGGUAGCCAGUGUCAAUUUUGUAAAAUAAUACAUAGCUUACCGGUAGGUGCAGACACCACAGACACUGUUAGGAGGAUAAUCUACGGAGGUAAAAGAAAGAUGUGUUUAGCAAAAAGUCUUUUUUUAGCAAUUUACAAAUCAAGAGGCUGGACCUUUCCCUAGCCUCAAUUUCUCAUCGCUCUGGGUAUGCACUAUAGGUUGAGUAAAUAAGUGUCAGAAAUGAAUCUCUCAGGCCAUGUCUACAAUAUUAAGUAGACCAGAUUAAAACCAGCCCUAUGGUCCUGCAUGGGUAUCUGACUGAACAUAACCCUAAAUAUAUCACCCUAUUUCAGGCACUAUCUUUCCCAUGAAACACUAUACCUAAAUACACCAUGAAACCAUCAGCUCGUAAUUUUCAAGUCUGCUGACAGGGGUGUUAAAACACCUAAAUCAUCCAAGUAGGAAAACAAAUCUAUGUUACUGUGUUUGUGCCAAUGUCCAAGCUUAGAAAAUAUUCAUGUUCUGAUGGCUGGACACCAUAUAUGCUGUGAAGUAAACUUUUUUUAACCUUUCUUAUAUAGCCGAUCGAAAUGAUAUCAGCGUUAGACUAAAGAUGCCUACCAUCAUGUAUAUGAAUACACAGUAGUUGUAUAUUCUGAGAACCUUGUGUGCAUAUAUAUGAAUGUGUUUGAUGAUAUAACUUGUAGAGUAAUGUAAUAUAGCUUUAGAGAUUAGUAGUGUUAUCUCACGGGUGACAUGAAUGACUGACAUAUUGUCCCCGAUAUAGAUAAGCACUCUAUGAUAGUCAGAUAUAUUGGCACUGUGUAGAACUGUGCGUCUAAAAGUUAAAUUACUUAAGCUUCUCCAUUUUAGAUCUGGGAUCAGAUAAGUUUUUUUUUGUCUGAAAUGAUUUAACUUCGAGUUUGACAUUUUUAAGGUAAUUUCAGAUCAGCACUGAUUGUACAGCUGAUGUUCUCAAAACACAAUUCUUCAAACAGGCAGACUACUCUGCCUCUGGUUCCCUUUAAUGAACACCAAAUCAAAGAUACAGUAUCAAGGUCCUUCAAAGUGCAAAUUUGUCUAGAUAACCACAGGAUAUGACUUUGUCAUUCCAAUAAAAAGUUAUAGUGUAUUUCACUAGAACUCCAUUGUCUCCUGUGGUCAUCAGACAGUUGCCUUUUAUGGUCCUCUGGUGCUUAAGGAAUGUUGGUUUGGUUAUGAGUGCAUGUUUACAAUUUCUUUUCAUUUUACAAUUUAGAUGAUGUUUGUUGUAUAGAUAUUUUAUCUAACGUGACAUCACUGCAUGCCUACUAAAGCAAAGAAGACAACAAUGUCUGCUCAAAGAGAGACCAUGUUGAACUUUCUCAAGAGUCUGCCAUCUUCUCAUGAUUAUAUUCCUAGGCCUUUUCUACCUUUGCUUAAUUGUUGUACCCUACUGUCUUUAUUCAUUGUGUUUUCCCAUAAUAUGUUUGAAACAUGUUCAUGGUAAAAACACCAAUGUGGCUGUUCUUUGUUAGGUUCUCAAUAGAGAAAUGUCUGGCACCCAGAUAAUGUAUCAACAGGGAACAGAAGUAACAUUCGUCCCACAGGCAUCAUCCCUGAUACAUAUCACUGUCAUGAUCUUCAUUAUUUAUGUUAAUAUACAGUAAAUAACUAGUAGUCUUAAUCAGGAAACACAAAAUAGCAUUUUGCCUGGAGUAGAACACAUUCAAUACAAACUGAAAAUUCAACCAAAAAGUCAUCGAACUUUUGUACUGUGUUGCAAGAUUAGUUACCUAUUAACAUUACUUAGUGGUUGAUUAGUAUAAUUUUGGCCUUCCCUAUUAUAAAGAACAUCAGCCACUGUGUGUCUUAACAUCACAAAUUUCUUCAGAGUCUUUUGUCAUUAAUAUUUCACAUGCACAUUUUCUCUAGCUUGUCCUAGUUAUUAAUGUUUAAUACUAUUAUUGUCUUACAUCUGUUCUUACAUGUAACACUGUGAUAUAAUCUUUAAAAAAAAUGCUACUUCC